AUCCCCAGCUUCAUCCAGUUCUGGGAAUUUCAGCCAAUUCACACCAGAUUCAGCCACCAGUCCACAUUCGGCAUCCUCGUCGCCACAGCGGGAAGCUAAGUCUCAGAAGGGUGGAGAAGAUGUCAUGGAGGCAGUGAAGAAGGCCAAGAGCCGCACAGCUUUCUCCAAGGACCAGCUGCAAAUCCUGCACCAGCGAUUCCAGAGCCAGAAGUACCUCAGCCCCCAGCAGAUCCGGGAGAUGUCUGUUUUCCUGGGGCUCACCUACAAGCAGGUGAAGACUUGGUUCCAGAACCGGAGGAUGAAGCUGAAAAGGUGCCAGAAGCAUAGCCUAUGGACUGAACGGGCUCAGUGCCUCACGCAAAGUGGCUUCCAGCCAAGUACUUACCUGGAUGUGCACCCCAAAUUCCACCAGGGUUACCCGAUCACCACAGCCAGCAACAUCCAAGCUAUGCCUCCUCCCCGUCAGCACUACGGAGCCGGGCAGAACGCUUACACGAUCGUGACCAGCGAGGAUGGAGGAGUCUUUGGCAAAGGUGGGGGCACCUGCAGCGUCCAGCAGACAGUGGGCUUCAUUGCCCAGCACAAAGUAGACUUUUACCACAGCUGUCCUGGCAGUGUGGAUUAUCCAGGCACAAAGACAGGUGAUGGCUGUAACUUUCACCACUCGACCACCAUGGGGGCUCCUUUCCCCACCACUGGUGGUCACCAUCUCUAUCACUCCUAAGCACUGUGGAUGUGGGG